ACUGCGCUCCAGCAGCCGCGUGCCCCUUCCCGCCGCGCGCGCCCCGCCGCACAUUCCCCACGCCCGCCGGGUUCUGGCCGCCAUGGCUGGACUGGUGGUCUGUGGAACUCAAGUGUCCUACAUAGGCCAAGACUGCAGAGAAAUUCCAGAACACCUUGGCAAGGACUGUGGACAUUUUGCAAAGAGGCUGGAUCUGAGCUUCAACCUUCUGAGGUCACUGGAAGGACUGAGCGCAUUCAGGAGCUUGGAGGAGCUCAUCUUGGACAACAAUCUGCUGGGGGACGACCUUGUGUUGCCAGGGUUACCCCAGCUGCACACCUUAACCCUCAACAAGAACCAAAUUACUGAUUUGGAGUGUCUGCUUGAUCACCUGGCAAAAGUAACACCAUCUCUGGAGUACCUCAGUCUGCUGGGCAAUGUGGCGUGUCCUAAUGAGCUAGUCAGCUUGGAAAAGGAUGAGGAAGAUUACAAGAGAUACAGGCUUCUAGUGGGGAUAUUGCUGCCUCUUCAGAGCACCGCCACUACACACCUCUGCCUUCUGCUUCCAGAGAGCUCACCAGUCACCGAGGUGUCCUGGGCAAGUACCGCUAUGUUUAUUAUGGGAAGAACUCAGAGGGCAACAGGUUUAUCCGUGAUGACCAGCUGUGAAGCCCAGUUCUGUAAGCCUCAGCCCCUAUCAUGAAAAUUAAGGGGAAAGCAAAAAUAAAGGAAGAGCUAAAGAAAAACAACAGUCCACAUUGCAUCUCUGUGGGAAGGCUACAAUUUCAGCUUUCUAUACCUUGUGCUGACUUUGCCAGGCCUGUCAAGAUCAUCCUGCUGCUUUAGACUGAGUGGUCACAGAGAGAUUGACAUGAUUGCCCUUAAGCAGGGCUCAUCCACUGGGGUGACAGACAGCGUCGUCUAAGCACCGGGGCUGACAGCAUGAACACCAUGAUCGAUUGCCUGGUCCCUCCACUGCUUACAGGAGAGCAGAGGUCACACCUGGGGCCUUACUGGGCAUGCUCAGUGACUCCAGCCUUGUGAAGGGGCGAGCAGGGGGGCUGCCUGCAGCUAGCCUGACUGAGCCAGGAUUCCUCUGCUGUCCCUGUGCUGUGGGUUUAUUUUUAGUGGGAUGGCCAGAGUAUAAAGGAAGGACACUUUCCCAAGGUCCCCUUCUGCACAUGCACCAGUCUCCUCCAUCCUUCAGUAUUUUGAUGCUUUGUAGAUUUACAGAGAAAAGAAGGGGUAACUUCCCAACUAGCUCAUACAUUUAUGGCUGGCUUCGUGUUUUUACAAUCCCCACUGUAGACUCACUUCACCUAAAUCCCUCCCUGCAAAAGCCCAGGCAUUAUCCUCUUCGAUCCACUUCCAAAUCUACCUGCCCUGAACACGAUGCGGGGCAAGCUGCCUCUCACGACUCAGGAUUUGGUUUGCACCAUGCAACCUUACUCAGUGUUAAAGCACACACCCUUGCCUGCUCUGCCUAUAGCCACAGUUACACUUGGGGGUGGCUUAUUUGGGUGCAAUUUUCAAGUAGUGAGGUGACGAAAGAUAGAGUGCGAGGGCUCUGGAGGUUGAAGCACAAAAUGAAGCCUGUAGAAAAUACCCAUCCAAUCAAAUCCAAAUUUCCUCUUUCUUCUCCGGACCUCUCAGAAAUCAGAUCCAUAGCUUCCAAAACAUUGGUACAUCAUUUUCUUUGGAUUUUUAGCACAAACAUCACCAAAAAAAGACUACUACACCCUCGCACUAGUUGCGUGACUCUCACUGCAUUUAACUUAACUGGUGCACAAAGCAAGUCUCUCUGCAAGAUAUUUGAAAGGCUGUGUGCUUGCCUUUAACACAAAGCAUCUAUCUGUUUGUGUCAUGAGUCCUGUAUUUAGGCCAGGUGUUCAUUGUUCUGGGUUGCCUAGAAUUAGGACUGCCAAGCCUGAAGAAAUUCCCUUCAAGAACAGUUAAGGGAAUGGCCAGAAACUGGUUGUUGUCAAAGUCUGUGAGCACUCUGCACACCUGAGCUACUUGGAGCCAGGUCCCACAGCCUCUAGCCUACUCAGUCAGCACGACCCUGAAUGACAUCUAUCAGGGCUGCCAGGAGUUCCAUGCACAGGUCCUGCAACCUCCAUUAAUCAGCUCUUCAGACACAUUCACAUUAAAAUCCUCAAAACCACUAAUAAUCAGGGAUUAUCCAACAGUGUCCAUCUCUCCAACCCACUCACAACGAGAGUGGAUACCUGUGCAGUAUUUCACCGACAAAAAUCAGCUCUAGGAUAAUGCUUGAAAUUAGCUGUGUCAGGACCCACCCUGGCUCUUUGUUGGGAAGUUUCAGUGCCUGUUUUGUCCGUGGCAUCUAAUAGGCAGCAGAGCUCAGCACAAGGGCAGCUAGACCAGGCCGAUGUCAUAUCCAAUCUAGCGGCCCAUAUAUCCUUGUCUUUAUAAAAGGCUUUAACCCUGCCUCAAACAAUA